AUGGACGCUCGUGUUGCUGCGCUUGAAGCCUCUAAUUCCAAGAACCAAGUCAUUUUGGAGACAAUUCAUCGUCUUCUUGAGGAUAAGUUCGCAUCCAUUAACAAACGUCUCGAUUCAAUUGAUUUUCGUCGUGAAGGUUUUGAUCAGCCAUUUCCGCCUCCAUCUGAUGACGACGAUGGUGACGGCUCUUGGCGGCACGAAGAGAGGGAUCAUCACUGA